UCGAGAGUUUUCUUUGUUUAAAGAAAAAGAAGAACAAGGGAAUCGAGAUGGGCACGCAGCAGAGCAAAGAGAAGGUGGCGACGACGACGACGGAGAUAGAGCCGUGCAAGAAAGAAUCCUGCUUAAUUCAAUCAUGUCUCUCCAAGAACGAAUUCAACUCACGCAAUUGCCUUAAAGUUAUUGAGAUGCUGCAGUCUUGCUGCGAAAAAUGUAAUUACAACUCCACACACUGUGCUUCUCUCUCUGGCCUUCUCAACCAGAAACCCUAAAUGAAAUGGCGAUUGACUUAGUGGUAAACUCAACAUUACCUAAACAUUUGCACGGCUCUUUCUGUUUUAAAUUCGGUGAGACUUCAUUGUAUACAUGAUGUGGUAGAUGGAACAGAGAGGAUGGAUAUUUCUGGUCAAGAGGUGAUGCUACAAAAGUUAUGAUAUUGGGAUUGAAAAAGUUUAACCCUUUUGAUUUGUUGUGUAAUUUAGAUAAGUACUAAUACAUCUAAUUGUGGAACUUGAAUGCCAUUCUUGUGAACACCAAUUUCACUAUUGUUUUCCACCUUUCGCAAUCCGGAACUGGAUUCUACAGGAGAGGAUAAGUUUGAGGCAAAGGAAAUUUGUCUGCUGUGUUGGGUUCUGAUUCUACUGUGGUGGCAGAGGUGAGGUUGGUGGAAGAGGGUGGUGCUGUGGAGAUGGCUGUGAGGGUUGGCGGAGCUGCUGGUUCUAGUUCAAGCUAUGGACUCCCCUACCUCAUGGUUUUGUGGACGUGAAUACAGUUGCGGCUUGGAAGGAGUGUGAGCACAGUGGAGUUGGAAUCACUGCUCGGAACAUCAAGGGUUUUAUCUUAGCAGGUUCAAGUGUUCUUGGUGUUAAUAACUCAGCAUUUGAGGCUGAAUUUGACGCAGCUCUGAAAGAAACUCAACUUGCAGCACUUCUGCAUCUAAGGAAGAUUAUUGUGGAGGCGACCCUUAGGAAGUGUUCUAGCCAAUUGUGUACUCUUGUACAUCAAGUUGGAAAAUUGUUCCAACCUUGAACAGAAAUGGUGCUAUGAUGUCUUUGUUUGAUCCCACAAGAUGCUAACUAUGCAGCUGCUGCCGAGCCAAGCUUGCAAUGGUGAGGGUGAGUUCCUCGGAUUGGGCAAAUCGGCCUCCGAACUCCCUCCUUGAAGUUCUGAGAAGUAAUGGGCACCGGCCUCCAUGAAGUGCUUUUUUGGUUCUUCAGUAGUCCGGUUAGCUCUAUGUCUGUUCCUUUUCUUCUUCAUCAGUUCUUGUUGCUUUCGCUCUCUUUGUUUGGCUGUUGUUGGUUAGCCUUCUGGCCCUUUCAAUGGAUUUGCUUUUAUUGACCCAAAAAGAAAUGCAUUCCCUUGUUGGCAUCUUA